AUGCCCUUGCCCUUCGGCUUGAAGCUCAAGCGCACGAGAAGGUACACAGUUUCCAGCAAGAGUUGCCUGGUCACUCGCAUCCAACAACUCAAUGGCGAGUUUGUGGAAUUCACACUGUCAGUGGAGAGCACGGGCCAGGAAUGUUUGGAGGCAGUGGCCCAGAGACUUGAGUUGAGAGAGAUAACAUUCUUCAGUCUAUGGUACCAGAACAAGCAGAACCAGCAGCGGUGGAUCGACCUAGAAAAGCCGCUGAAGAAGCAACUAGACAAAUAUGGUGUGGAACCCACGGUCUACUUUGGAGUGGUGUUCUACAUCCCCAGUGUUACGCAGCUGCAGCAGGAGAUCACGAGAUAUCAGUAUUAUCUACAGUUGAAGAAGGAUGUGCUGGAGGGCCGCAUCUCAUGCACUUUGGAACAAGCCAUCCGCCUGGCCAGCCUUGCUGUGCAAGCUGACUUUGGAGACUUCAAUCGCUACGAUUCCCAGGAGUUUCUUCAGAAGUUUGCGCUGUUUCCUAUUGACUGGAUCCAGGAUGAGCGGGUGUUGGAGGAGGCCACUCAGAAAGUGGCCCUUCUGUAUCAGUCUUACAGGGGUUUGUCAUCCCCAGAGGCCGAAAUGUUGUACAUGCAAGAGGUGGAGAAAAUGGAGGGUUAUGGCCAGGAGAGCUACCAGGCAAAGGACAACACGGGCACGGAUGUGAUGCUGGGUUCCUGCCUUGAUGGGAUCUUUGUCAAACACAAAAACGGAAGACCUCUUCAUUUAUUUAGGUGGAAUGAAAUUAACAACAUGAGUCACAACAGGUCUUUCUUUGCCUUGGAGUUGCUCAACAGAGAGGAGAGUGUCCAGUUCCAGACCGAAGACAUGGAAACUUCCAAAUACGUAUGUCGCAUGUGUCUGGCCAGACUCAAGUUUUAUAAGAUCAACAAGAGCAGCCUGCAAACGCAGCCCACAGUCAUCAACCCGGUCAGGCGUAGAUCGUCAACAAGAUUGUCCCUUCCAAAGCCUCAGGGCUACAUGAUGCCCCCGCCACAAAUGCACUACAACGGUCACUUCACAGAGCCUUACACCUCAUCACAAGAUAACCUGUAUAUGAACAGCCAGAAUGGUUACUACUACCACUCCCAGACCAGCCUAGACUGCCCUCCUAUAGAAUACAGCGGUGGUGGGCGUUUGCGCAACGGCAGCGUUUACAGCGCCCACAGCACAAGCUCCCUGACCAACCCUCAGCACUAUCUCCAGCCUUCGCCCAUGUCUUCCAACCCCUCCAUCACUAGUGACAUUACCCGGCCUGACUAUGUGCCCUCGCAUCGCCAUAGUGCCCUCAUACCGCCUUCUUACCGCGCCACUCCCGACUACGAAACAGUAAUGCGACAGAAGAACCGGGGAGGCGGGGGGAUGCUUUUGUCCCAGGAGCACCGGCAAAGCCACUCCAUGAGAAACCUUAACAUUGGAAAUUCGUACGCUUACAGCAGGCCGGACCCUCUUGUCUACAGUCAGCCCGAGAUCAGAGGAGAGCAUGGCGCCGCCGCCCAGCAGCACCAGCAUUAUCCCUUCCACAUGGGAUCAAGCUUCCACAGCCCGUCGCCGUAUCACAGAUACCCCAUUGAGCGGAGAUCUGUGGUGGGAGCGGUCAGUGUCCCUGAGCUCACUAAUGUCCAGCUACAGCAAGACCAAGAGUAUCCCGCACCCAACAUCAUGAGGACGCAGGUGUACAGACCGCCUCCGCCGUACCCAUACGCUCACCCUCGGCCCGCCAACAGUACACCAGAUCUGUCACGCCACCUCUAUGUCAGCAGCAGCAACCCAGACCUGAUCAUCACGCGCAGGGUUCACCACUCGGUCCAAACUUUCCAGGAGGACAGCUUGCCUGUGGCUCACUCCCUGCAAGAAGUGUCCGAACCUCUUUUGAGCGGACCCAUGCAGAGGCCACCUUACCACGGCCAGAAACGCAACUCCAUUGAGAUUGCUGGACUUGCACAUAACCUCGAGGGGAUGCGGCUGAAAGAGCGGCACGUGUCCUCUUCAGCGGCCGAAGUUGUCAUGCCUCCUCAGGCCCCUCGCGGAGGUCGCUCGCAGGGUUCCCAGCUCAAUGUAUUUUUGGAGCGUGCAAAGACGGACGACAGGGGGGACACUAAGGUAGAUGUGCAGUAUGGACACAAGAAAUCCCUCUCCGACGCAACCAUGCUGGUGCACAGCAGUGGCGAUGAGGACGACUUUGAGGAUGACGCAGGGCGCCACACACCGCUCUCUCAUGACGCGAUAGCUGCCACCAUCCCAGAGGAGCCGCCGCAACAAGCCUUCACAGGUCCUCAGCAUCAGACUCCUCUAGAACCCCCCCCUGCUUAUCCCAUUGGCUCGUCUCUGGACCCCUCGCUAACUGCCGCCCUCACCUACAAGGUUCAUCCCCUGAUCCAUGAUUCUGAACCUCUCUACUUGCGCGAGGUGCGGCAAGCAAGAAUUAUGCCUUCGGUGUCAGAGGGAGACCUAACCGGCGAGGCCAAGCACAAAUCCAAGAAGGAUUUCAAGAAGAGGCCUGUGUCUGAUGUGCCUCAGGCGAAGAAGACCAUCGAAGGUUUACCACCGGCGGGCAUGAAGAAGAGCGUGCGGUCGGACGGGAGGAAGAUGGGGUCUUUGAAAGUGGCGCAUCUCAACGGCCUGUCGAUCUCCAGACACCCGGUGCGGAGCGAAGUCAAGGACGAGCCUGAACAAGACUCCAAUGACGAGAGGUGCAAAUUACUGGAGCAUCACAUGGAGAUGGGUGAGCUGCUGAAGGAGUACGAGAGCAUCCCCAAGUGUUAUCCGGGGGCCGAGUGCACCGUCGCCCAGAUGGCAGAGAGCGCAGACAAAAACCGCUUCCAGGAUGUACUGCCCUACGAUGACACUCGUGUGGAAUUGGUGCCGACCAAAGAGAACAACACAGGCUACAUCAACGCGUCACACAUUAAAAUCGACGUAGGAGGACACGAGUGGAACUACAUUGCCAGCCAGGGGCCUCUUUCCAACACAUGCCAGGAUUUCUGGCAGAUGGUGUGGGAGCAAGGUGUCGCCAUUAUCGCCAUGGUCACUGCGGAGGAGGAGAGCGGGCGAGAGAAGAGCUUCCGCUACUGGCCUCGUCUGGGCUCGCGGCACAACACUGUGACAUAUGGCCGCUUCAAGAUCACCACGCGCUUCCGCACCGAGUCGGGCUGCUACGCCACGACAGGCCUGAAGAUCAAACACCUAGUUACGGGCCAUGAAAGGACCGUGUGGCACUUGCAGUACACAGACUGGCCGGACCACGGCUGCCCUGAAGAUUUUAAAGGCUUCCUAACUUACCUGGAGGAGAUACAGUCGGUACGAAGGCACACCAACAGUAUCAGUGACCCGAAGAACAGCAAUCUGCCUGUACUGGUGCACUGUAGCGCCGGAGUGGGCCGCAGCGGUGUGGUCAUCCUGUCUGAGAUCAUGAUCGCUUGCCUGGAGCACAAUGAGAUGACGGACAUUAAGGCCGUGCUGAUGAAGCUACGCCAGCAGAGGAUGAUGAUGGUGCAGACCUUAUCCCAGUACAGCUUCAUCUACAAGGUGCUAGUUCAGUACCUCCGAAACUCCCGCCUUAUCUGA